AUACCCAUUUUCAACCAACUUCUAGACAAUAAUGUGCUUCAGUAAAGUAAUUCUAGGCUAUGCGUGCACGAUUAACACAGCAGGAAGAUCAAUUGCAACAGACUUGUAGUAGAAUGAGGAGUCUUUCUUGUCAAUUAUGAUGAGGAUUGAAGGUUUUCACGUAAUUUUUUGUUUUUUUUUUUUUUUUUUUUUGUUGUUUUUUCUGUGUUUUUCUUUUACUAUGCUCGUUCUCUUGACUGUUUUCUCCUUCACAGUCGAUGGAUUUGACUUCAAUGAUGUUCGAAGAUCCAGAUAUGAGAUACCAGAGACAGCCUUUUUAUACCAACGGCCAGCACUGGGGGGUUUUAAGCCACUUCCAGUGUUGUUAUGGUGAAAAAGCAGAGGAUGUCUAAUAAUAAAAUGGUCGUGUAUAUCGCCAUCUUAUUGAGUUGCAAAAAGGAUCUUCU